GCCCCAGCCCGACUGUCUGUCCAGCCGCCAGCGUCCGCACAUCUCCUCUGGGCUUUAAACGCUACUACUCUGUGCACCACUGUGCCCCGUGAAAAUGUUGGUGCUUCUGGCUUUCAUCAUCAUCUUCCACAUCACGUCUGCGGCGUUGCUCUUCAUUGCCACCAUCGACAAUGCCUGGUGGGUAGGAGAGGAGUUUUUUGCAGAUAUCUGGAGAGUAUGCGUCAACAACACGAAUUGUACAGAAAUCGAUGACUCCAUUCAAGAAUUCUCCACGGUGCAGGCGGUCCAGGCCACCAUGAUCCUGUCCACCAUUCUCUGCUGCAUUGCCUUUCUGAUCUUCGUGCUCCAGCUCUUCCGCCUCAAGCAGGGAGAGAGAUUUGUUUUAACCUCCAUCAUCCAGCUCAUGUCAUGCCUGUGUGUCAUGAUUGCAGCUUCCAUUUAUACAGACCGGCACGAAGACAUUCACAAGAACAACUCAAGACUGUACGCCCUGACCUCGGACGGCAGCUACGGCUACUCCUUCAUCCUGGCCUGGGUGGCAUUUGCUUUCACCUUCAUCAGCGGCCUCAUGUACCUGAUACUGAGGAAGCGCAAAUAAAGCCCAGGAGCUGGGUCACUUUCGCUGCAGUACAGAAUCCACGUUCAGAUAACCGUUUUGUAUAUAAUC